GGGUAGAGUGUUGAGCCUGAGCCAUGGAGGAACAUCACAUAUGAGGAUGAGUCUCGUUUAGUGACGUUUAUAAGACGCCAUGGGGCUUAUUAUUUCCAGAUUUCGUAGAAAAAAAUCAACAAAGGAGUUACUUGAACAGAUUCAGGAGGAUGUGGAGGCCAUCGAGGAGUACCGGGAGACUACGGAGCAGAAGCAGAAGAGGCUGGUGGGGAGCCUCGUGCUAUACUCUAUCGUUAUCUACCUGGCUGCCGCUCUCAUCUUCUACUUCCACUACUUCCCCCUCACCCUACAGGACCAGUUGUUAUACGCUACACCCUUCAUCGUUUUCCCUUUCCUGAUUUACCUUCUCAAGAGACUUCUCACAUGGUACUAUCACCGAAAGAUCUCCAAAAAUGAGGAAAAGUUGAAGAAUCUCCGGGAGGAAAAGGAGAAGAUCUUGGAGCAGGUGAUGGAGACGGAGACAUACAAAGUGGCCAAAGAGAUCCUGGAGGUAUAUGCACCAGACCAGCUGCGGAGAACUCAGAUGCACAAAGCGCCAGUACCCUUACCCUCCGUAGCCCAGAGAAUUCCAGCUCCCAACAACCAGCACUCAGAUGUUCGGAGACGGGUGGUGAGCUCAUCGGCGACUCCCCAGGCCGGACCACAGGGGGCCAUGGGUGUACGGCCAGUUGGUCCACAGGUAUUACCGCCGCACCAUACCCCGGCCUUCACCCCGAGGCCGCCGCUGUUGUCGCAGUCAACGCCGGCGAGACCAGGUAUAGUCGGUGUGGGCACCCUAAGAUCCGCACCGGCAGUCAUGAUGGCUAGUGGUGGGCCUCAAGUCCUUCCCGGUCCUCCUACUACUGGCCCCUCUGCUGUUCCUGUCAGUCCAGUCCACUACGCCUCCACCCCAGCGCCUCUCACCCUUCUUGCUGCUGCUCCACCUCCUGGCAUCAUCAGGGGGGAUGGUAUACCCCCCGGACCCCCCAUGCCAAGGCCAGUAUUACCACGAGAACGGGGUUACUUGGAUCGCUUCAUCGAGUACUUAGUGGGUGACGGGCCCACCAACCGUUUUGCCUUAGUGUGCCGUCAGUGCGAGUCUCACAACGGGAUGGCACUCAAAGACGAGUUCCAGUACCUCGCGUUCAGAUGUGCUUAUUGUUUCUAUUGGAAUCCUGCACGGAAGCAGCGUCCCGCGGCCCCUCGUCUGGAGAACCUCUCACUCCCACCGCCGUUACCUGUUACAGAGGACCAAGAGGAAGAUGAUGAGGAGGAAGACGAGGAGGAAGAGGAGCAAGAGGAACAGGAGUCAUCAUCGAGUGAAGAGGAGGAGGAGGAGGACGAAGAAGAGGGAGGUGUGGAGGAAGAAGAAUCUGGCAGUAGCAGUAGUGCCGAGGAGGAGGACGAAGAAGAAGGUCCAGUCUCUGAGGUGUCGAGCGCUAAGGCCACGUCCAGUCAAGAAGGUUCAAUGGAGGACGUAGCCAAGACGCCCUCGACCGACCCUAGUGUCUCGGAUGACCACCAGCAACACUGUGUGGCGGAAGAUUUACCACUCCCCGUCACCAACCACACACCCUUAGUGAACUCCUCGAAAACUACGCCGUCUUCUACCCUAGAGGUGGAGGAAACUGGUUAAAAAUGACGUGGAGAAUAUCCCGUUUGGCCGAGGUCGAGAAGCCAGUGUUUGUUUUUGUUUGACGUUGAGAUGCGAGCUUUUAGUUCGGCCAGGGUUUAGAUACGAGUGCUAGUUUUGGGCCAAGAUCGAGUUACAAGCGCUUAGUUUGGCCAGAGUUUAGACAGUAAGUGCUAGUUUUGGGCCAAGAUCGAGUUACAAGCACUUAGUUUGGCCAGGGUUUAGAUACAAGUGCUAGUUUUGGGCCAAGAUCGAGUUACAUGCACUUAGUUUGGCCAGGGUUUAGAUACAAGUGCUAGUUUUGGGCCAAGAUCGAGUUGCAAGUGGCUAGUUCGGCCAGAGUUUAGAUACAAGUGCUAGUUUUGGCUAGUUCGGCCAGAGUUUAGAUACAAGUGCUUAGUUUUGGGCCAAGAUCGAGUUACAAGCACUUAGUUUGGCCAGAGUUUAAAUACAAGUGAUAGUUUUGGGCCAAGAUCUGGAUACCAUUGAUGUGUCAGUCAGAAAGUUCUUGAUGUCUCUGUUGAAACUGGUCUUUUAUUUUUCUUGUGCACAUUGUGAUUUUGUGUUGCUGUGUUCUGUGUACAUCCUAUGAAUUUGUUGCUGUCACGUGCACAUCUUGUAAUUGUGUUGCUAUCGUACGCACCCCCAUCUUUGUGUUGCCGACAUGUGCACAUACCAUAUUUGUGUUACUACCGUGUACAUCCUGUGAUUGUGUUUGCUGUCUCCUGUGCACAUCCCAUGAGUUUGACAUUAUCUGCUGUGCACAUCCUGAGAUUUGUGUUGCUGUUUCCUGUCCACUUCCCAUGACAGUUGCUAAUUUAAGCACAUCCCAUGAACUUGUUGCUGCAUCUAGCACAUGGCGCAUAUUUGUGUUCCCAUAAAUCACCGCAUAGUUUACCCUGUGUUGGUUCUGCGUUGCUGUAUUGGGCAUAAAACCCUUAUACAAUUCACAAGUGUAUUAUUAGUUUCGUGUCUCUCACUCAAGCUUCUUGAUGAGUCAGUUUUGUUUCUCACUUAAGCUUCAGUCAGUUUUGUUUCUCAAGCUUGUUACCGAGUCACUUUUGUUUCUCUCACUCAGCCUCUCUCUGAGUCAGCUUUGUUUCACAGUUUCACAGACUCAUGACACAAUUGUAACACCUCUAAGUAUUCCCUCCCAGUUGUGUCGUGUGUCAGUCGCCCAUUUACCCAGUGUUCAGCCAUGACCUGGCCCGCGUGUUCAUAACUAUUGGUGCGUCAUGUGUGUCUUGUGUGCCUAUCAACACCCAAUACCCUCCAACACUUUGACCUAUUCUUUCAAGUCAUCUCUCGAGUAUUUAUAACGGCAGAUCUUGACGGACUUGCCGGUCGUACACCUAAGAUUACGCAUAUUUUGAGCGUCCGCGAGGGCUCCGAGCUCCUGUAUCGGGACUAAAUCAAUCAGUGUUUUACCUCAGUGAUAUUUAUGUCUUAAAUAAGUCUAUAAGAAAGGGAAGAAUUGUGGACAUUGUGUUUGUUUUUUUACUUGUAUUUAAAAUGAACUGUUACUUAGUGACAUAUUCUUGGUAGACCGAGUGCUCUUCAGUUUGUUUGCUCACAAGCAGGUGCUAUUAGUAUUGUCGUUGGGUCCUGAGAGAUGCUUGCACUCUGUCUUUUUGUUAAGAGUGGGACCUUAACCAGAUAUUUAAAGAGUUUUAAGCAGUGCUUUUUCCACGUUUUUCUCAGAACUGUAUUAUUUGUAGAUGAAGCCAGCAGCAUUAAGUCUUCCUACUGGUUUCAUUUUCUAUUUUAGCGCAUAGAGCUACAGUACUUGUUCCGAGUCAGAGCGUGAAUCAUCGACCCGGGUGGUGUGGCUUACUAGCAGGUGACGUUGGUGUAAGAUGAUGGCCAACCUGCUCACCGCACACUUAUUGUACAAUACCUUCUGAUGUUUUAUUAAGGAUAAUAGCUAUAGUAAACCUUUAAUUGCUUUAUAAUAAA